AUGGCUCUAGCUGAAGAUGAGGAAUUUGACGAUGAAUCAAACGAGGAAUUAGAUGAGAAUGUUCUUAGCAAAAAGUUACAGCCAUUUCCAGCUGAAGACUUAAUCAAAGAAAUGAUAAUGACUUUAGAUGAGGAAUCCGAGCUAUUUGUAAAGAAAGAAAUUAUGGCGUAUGUUAAUUUUUGA